GUUUAUGCGCUCUAUAGAAUUGCAAGCGCUCGUGUAAGAAUUCCGGGUCUCUCCCUCAAAUGAAAACAAAGCAGAUUAUUGCCAAUUAAGCUGACAAAAGCCAAAUAUUGGACAAAGAAAACACAUUAGAAAGCCACUAACGACUGCGCUCAGGUUUUAUUGGAAAAUACGAAAGAAACGCACUGACAGUUGUAUUCGGGCGAGUGAUUGCAAUUUGAUGUCAAAUACUUAAGUAGCCAAAGUAACAACUUGGAAGUGGUCCACAGAAAGAAAAAUGGGGUUGGAAGUGUGGCAUAUUUUCAAUAUUUUUUGCGCUUUUUAAUUUGAUGUGUUCUCUGUGAACACUGUGAGAGAUUGAGAGUGGAAUGAGUGCAUUUUUUUAACAGCGCACGAGAGAAAUGAACAUGCGGUUGAGUCAUACAAAUAUAAACAUGUGUUUAAAAGAAAUUACUUUCCUUCAGCAACAAAAUGUAUAUGUUUCUUUUUGAGAACUGAAGUGAGAACGGCGUGCUGAAUAGCGUGAACGAUGGGAGAUCUUUGCUUCUCAAACGCAAGCGCUGCAGACUCAAGCGUUCGGAACACUUGAAACACUUGAAAACGCUGUCGAAUAAUAUGUGUAAUACUAAUAAUAAACUAUAUAUCUGAAACAAAAAAAAAUCAUUAAAAUGAGACAGCGCUUUUGAACGUUCUCCGAACACGAAAUUUUGUAUUGGAAAAGUAAUUGAGCGUCGAGCAAACGUAAAUAUUAUAUAUCUGUUGUUUACAAAAUUUCGACAUUUCAUGCGCAUGAGAUCACUACGAAUUAUGAUGUACGUAAAGUAGCAAAAAUUAUUGUAGUUUCCUUUUUCAAAACUGUAGCAAAAAACUCUUUUUAAGGACAAUUUUUCAUAACUUUUUGUUUUACAACGUUUUUACAAAAGAUUUUCUUCACGCUUCCCAUAAGCUGUGUCUCUUUAACACAUACAAACUUUUUCCGCCCAUCAUUUAGUGAGCGAACACCCACACUCAGACAUGCUUAGGCCCGUUUUCCGAGCGUAUUUGCCGAUUUGGAAAACUGUGAGGAUGCUCUGCGGCGCUCACAAUUGUUGUUGUAUGCUAUGCAGUGAUCGUCAACAACUACGAACGCUGCUUCAACGCGGAGAGUCAAUUCAGUUCGUGCGUUCGCGGAGCGUGUGCGAGUACUCUUCGAAAAAUUUACGGAAAGCAAAAUUAAAUUUUAACGAAAGUGUGAAGGUUCCUCCGGUUCACAAGGUAGAAUUCUAUAGGCGAUCGCUGGGGUUGAAUGUCAUAUUUAGCAUGUUUUUUCGAUUUUGGUAGCGCGCGAGGUUCAAAAAAAAGUUAGUAAUAAUAAAAAGCAAAAAUGUGAAAAGUUUUGUGCAAAAGGAAAUUAAAAAUAAACAAGCUCAUAAUUUUUUAUUCAAGCGAACACGGUGCAUUGGAAAAUUGAUUAAAGUUAAGUAAACUCAAGCGACUCGCGGCGAUUACGAAUGCUGCAUACGCAUUCGAGAAGUAGUGAAAUUAGUACAAAAACCUCUACAAAAUAGGCAAAUCGGUGUUUAAAAAUAGACGUGCCGCCGUUCGCAAUACGGAGCAGUCAGUCAGUAUACGAAAAACAUAGCAGAGUGCGCACACACAUACACGCGCGCCCAUACACUACACAUUGCGGUAAAGCAGUUGGAGGACCGAAACGCAAAGAAGAAGCAGAAGAGGAAGAUUUCUAGAAGGAAAAAAGUGGAAGUAGUAGAAGAAGCACAAGUAUAGUGAGUGUACUCAUACGGCAUUUGGUGAAUGUAUAGAGCGUCUUUGACGUCGCUCACGUCUGCGUCAUUGCCGCUUUGUUCGGCAUUAGCCUGUGUAGAUAGCAACGCCGUUAGCUUAGGCGCCGCGCGUUUCGACUUGGUCGUUGUUUCCUACAACAUCUCCACUUUCGUCGACGACGUUGUCGUAGUUGCCGCUGUUGUUGUCACAACGUCGACGGGAAGAUAUGAAGCAAGCGCCGCGCCACCAAAGGGGAAACACAAACAGACAACAAGAGAGUAGCGCACCCUGGCAUAUUGUGCGAAUCGUGCCGAUACCGUAAAAUUUCGCAACAUUUUGCCAUCUAAUCAGCAAUCGAACGCUGGUGCGUUGUUCCGCGUUGCGCGCCGUGAAAUUAGAGUUUGUGCGAAGUGUAUUUUGCUGCUACGUAACUAAACUUGCAACGUGUGGCAUUUUAUAUAUAACGCGGAAACAAAUAUAGAGCAAUAAAUAAGUAAUAAAUAUUUUUUGUAAACAAAUUAUACUGUGCCACCAAUUCCCUGCCGCAGUCCCUACGCAGCGGGCAAAUAUGCAAGCAGCGCCUCCGAACGCCGCCACAAAACCUAAAACCGCCUCCAUAACGACCACAAACAAACCGACCAUAAUAACGCAUCCAGUAAAAACGAAACCCUACAUUGAUUCUCAUCUAUACCAGUCCACACUGCAGCAGCAACAACAAACAGUUGGUAGUCAGAUUGGUAGUGGCAAGACGAGCGUCGUGCUCUCCGACGAUCCCACACGAGAGAUCGAGGAGAUCUCAAAAAAGAUAUCUGAGCACGCCGAUGCGUUAUACCAUACGUGGAAGAGUCGUGGACUAGCACCGACUGAAUUGUUAGGUUUCUACACGCAUGCAGCGGCUGCAGCUGCAACAAGCGACGGUGCAAGUGACGCGGGCGACCUUUUUGCGGUCGAUGACGAGCAAACAGCGGAGGGGCUGCAGAAGUUGGUCAAUACAUUUGUGCUAAAGGAUAAGGAACAGCGCGCGGGUAAGACGAACACGAAUACCAGUAGCGCGGUUAACAGAUUAGGUAGUGGUGUUGUGAGUGCCGGGGUUAUUGGUAUCGGUGGUGUUGGUGGACUCGUUGGUGUCGGUAGUGUCGAAAGUGGUGUAGUUUUAAACACAACACAAGAACCAAACAUCGAUGCUAAUAUGGUGGGUAAAUUGAAGCAAUCAACGGCGUCUACAACAAAAAGGAGCGUCACGUCACCGAAGUCGCCCACAACGACAUCGGCUAUUCUGUUGAAAAAUGUCGAUACACCUGGCGUUGAUGUUGUAGAUACUCUGAAAAAGAAGCCUACAAAAUCCAAUGGAAAAACGACUGGAGCCACGUCUUCCAGUGCGGCGACGUCAUCGUUAACUAAUAAGUCCGCGCUAGCACUAAAACAUGAGAAACAACAACACACAACUAGCAGUGGCAGUAGCGCAGCAACGUCAACUAAAUCGCGAGGCACGAGCUCUGCCACAAACCCCACAGCUAACACUACCACUAUUGGGCGCAGUAAGCCGCACGUUUCGAAUUCCGCACCACUGGAUAUAAACUUAACGGUAGACUUAAAUCUAGAUUUGUCGGAUUUAUCCGAGUUGCAGACUCAUAAUUUGCGCAAAAUCAAAGAGCUGCUGCAGGAAAAUGCACCUACCACAACAACACAAAUAGCGAAAACUGCAACAAACAGCGGUACGAAGCAGUCGAGAAAGGCUAAUACAACUAAUACAACAGCAACGACAGGCGCCGAUGCCGAAGCCGCGCGACAUAACGCUAAUCAUCAUUCACGCCGCGGAGAGCUGACGCCCAAAAGCAACAAUAUCGGCAGUGGCGGUGGUGGCAAGGGUGAAGUGAUUGCUGUCAACAAUGGCGGCGGAGGAAGUGUCAAUAAAGCGGCUAUCACAAUUGUUGGCAACUGUGGUGUUGCUGAUGUUGUUGGUGUUAUUGCAACAGAAAGUGUCAAUGCUGAUAAAAAUAGCGGUGCCAGUGGCGCGGGUGCGAGCAACAGCGGCGGCAAAGGCGGCGCGACCAUUACAACGGUCACGAACGGCAAACGGAGCACGGUGGCUGCUAAAGUGAGCAAUUCGAAAUCAACGCCAGCCGAUAAUCAAUCGAAUCAAAGUGCCAUUAGUGUCAGUGGCCACAAGCAAUCGAGCAAAGAAAGCGGCGAAAAAAGUACCACCACAACGACGAGCGCCACACCGAGCACGCGGAUUGCAACUGUCAGCAGUAGUGGCAACAAAUCAAUCAAAGCACCCACCAUUAAGGAGGAUAAUAAGAACGACAGCAACAACAAUACGAAUACACAUACUAAUCACUUGAGUAGUGGCGCUAGUCAACAUCGAACUGGCAGCAAGUCGAGCGCAAAAAAGGAUACAAGAACUGCUAACAGCAACGGUACAGGAGCAACAACGGCAGGCUCUACAAUUGGUGGCGCUACGAGUGAGAACGGUAUGGCAGCUAUGCCUGCAGCAACAAGUGGCGCGUCAACAACAACACCAUCUAAAUUUGCCAAAACUGGACGCACGCUGAUCAAUGGACAGGAUAAAUAUGUUGGUCGACCGAUACUUACGCGCGGCUCGGUUGCAGAGCGUGUACUUAUGUUCGAGAAGUGUCCGGAUGUGCGGAACUCAUUUUUGAAUAUAAAAAGACCCGAUCCAGCGGAUGCGCCACCAAAAAGUCUGCUCAAGGUUAAAUUGCAUUCAACACCGCCUCCGCCGCCCGAACAUAAUUCUAUACAACGGGAAAUUCGGAACACCAAAACAGCGUACAUACCUAGAUUCUACUUCCCACAUGGCAAGCCUCAGCCACAAAUCGCAUUGGAACGCACUUUGCGCGGCAUUUUGGGCGCGUUUGACUCAUUUCCGAACAAUCAGGUGACCAAAGACGAGCUGCCGCGCAUUUUGAAAAUCUGCGGUCUGCCCUUCUAUUGGCGCAUGCCGGUGAUGGUUUUCUGUCAGCAGGGCAAUUCUGGACUGGUGGAGCGACAAAGAUUCGUGGAAUUCUGGAAACAAAUGAAUGUUUACUGUCAUGAUGCCGCCUCACGUUUCGUUUACAUUUUAUCGCGCGGUCAACGUUUUCGCCAAUACAUACUGCCGGAGGACUUGGCGCCGCUCGUGCAAGACGUGGUCGAUACACAUCCUGGCUUGGCGUUCCUCAAGGAGGCUACCGAGUUUCAUUCCAGAUAUGUACACACAGUCAUUGCGCGAAUAUUUUACUCGGUAAAUAGGUGCUGGUCGGGCAGGAUAAACAUAUCGGAACUGAAGAAAUCCGAUCUCUUGGAGGUGCUCACGUUACUGGAGGAGGAGGACGAUAUCAAUCAAAUUAUGGCCUUCUUCAGCUAUGAACACUUCUACGUCAUCUAUUGUAAGUUCUGGGAAUUGGAUAAAGAUCACGAUCUGCUUAUCAAUCAGGAUGAUCUGGCGAGGCAUAGUGAUCAUGCUUUGUCCACACGCAUUGUUGAGCGAAUAUUUUCGGGUUGCGUAACGCGUGGCGAUAACAAAAAGCAGCCCGAAGAUGAGCCGAAAAUGUCCUAUACCGAUUUUGUGUGGUUUCUGCUUUCCGAAGAGGAUAAGCGUACACCUACCGCAAUCGAGUAUUGGUUCCGUUGUAUGGACAUCGAUGGUGAUGGCGUGUUGUCCAUGUACGAAUUGGAGUACUUCUAUGAGGAACAACAGCAACGUAUGGAAUCGAUUGGCAUUGAGACGUUGCCAUUCGAGGAUUGUUUGUGUCAGAUGCUCGACAUGAUUAAACCUGCACGUCGCGACUGCGUCUCAUUGGGCGAUUUGAAGCGCUGCAAAAUGACACAUGUCUUCUUCGACACAUUCUUCAAUCUGGAGAAAUAUUUGGAUCAUGAGCAACGUGAUCCGUUUGCCUCGCAAAGAGAUGAAUAUUCUUCCGAUUGGGAUCGCUUUGCGGCGCAGGAAUACGAACUGCUCAUCUCUGAGGAAAACGAAUGAACACAUACUUACAUGCAUAGAAAUCGUACAAACUACAUACAUAUCUACAAGUUUUUUGUAUAAAACAAAUAACUGCAAAGCUAUUUUUAUACAAAAACAAAACCAGAAGAAAAAAACUAAAGAGUUUAUAAGGAGAGGGAGCAAAUGCAGCAAAUUUUUUUAGUACAUCUAACAAACUAUAAAAUUAUAUUUCUUUUUUAUGAUCAUAGUUAUUUAUAAACAUACAUACACAUAUUUCACAUGAACCAAAGUAAAAUAUGCAUAUACUAACAAAUACCAAAAGCGAGUGGAAUUUGGAGAAUAUUAGUGAAAAUCCACGAACCACUCGUAUAGCUAUUACCUAACGUUGAAUGGCGGAAAAUCUAGUCACACACACACAUUACAUUUGCAUAACACCUGCAAUCAUAACAAUUAACGAGCGCGAAAACAGCGCUGCGCCAAUAAAUGGAAACGGAAGCAACAAAAGCGAUGUGAACCACUGGCGAAAGCAAUUAAGUGCAAUAACAUAUUGACUACAAGAACGCAUUAAGAAUAUAAAAUAUAAAAAAAUUAUAUUAAUUAGUCCCAAUAUGUUGUUGACUUAAUUAAAUGAAUUUUCUAUUUAAAAUUUUAUUUUGUUUUCUUACUUUUUUAUUUUGAUUUCUUUGAAUUAUUUAAUAUAAUAUUUAUAUUUAUAUUAUAUAAAAUACGCUAUUAUUUUAAAAUAAAACUUGACACUACAUUUUAUUAUUUAAUGCUAUCAAAAAAAAAUAUUUUCUUUCGCAAAAAUUUCAAUUUUUUUUGUUUUGCUCUUUACUUGCAAUAGUUUUUGUUGUGGUUGUUUUUGCCUACAUGUCUCACAGAAACAAUUUGCUUUAACCUGUAUUUCGUAAAUGUAUAGUAAGUAUAUUUAUACAACGUGUAGCAUUUUUUGUAUUUUGCAUUUUUUUUUUUCAAACAAAAAUUUUUUAUCGCUUUCUUCUUCACUUUUAAUAACAUUAGACAAAAAUUUGCUUAAAUUUGUAGAAUUUUCAAAUUUGGCAUUCAACGUACAUACAUUAAUGUUUUGCGGAUAAACAACAUCACCAUGGGCUUGCUUUGUUCAAGUAAUUCACAUUUGCCGUUCACACAUGCGCAGUACAGUGAAAUAUUCAUUAACUGUUCUUAUUUGCGUUUAUUGCAAAAUAUAGACUAAAAAUAUACAUAAGUAGUGCUCAUUUAAUAAUAAUAAUGAUAAUAAUAAUAUAUAUUGAAAAUAAUUGAUUAUUGUUUGCUGUGGCAAUUUCAAUAUAUAAAUGUGUUUUUUUUUUCUUUUUUGCCUUUAAAUAUUUCUUAAAGAUAUUCUGUUUCCUAUUAGCUGUUCAAAAAUAUAACAUAAAGUACGGGGAGUACUUGUUCAAUUUGUGUAGUUGUUGUAAAAGGAGGACCAACGCAACGCCACAACGCAACCGCAAACACAUUUGUCUCAUUUUGUUGUUGUUGUUUUAGUGAGAUUGCUU